CCAAAUUAAGGAACUGGGAACUAUUGCUGUGCACUUCACAAACAAAAUGGCGGAGAUAGACGACUACUUGGAUGACCAACAACAAGUGACUGGUUCUCCUUGCGAUGAGAUCGACCCAGCAGAACUUUUUGAAAAGCAGGGAAGCUUAGAAGUUGAACGAAUUCGUGGGGAUGACAGAGGCUCAGGUUCCGAGUUUGACUCCGAACGAGAGGAACUUGUUGAUUUGUCAUCGGAGAACGAGUUGUCCGACGGGUUUCCCUACGGUGUCACUCCGCCAAGAAAUGUUAGAAGGCAGAAGGAAAAGUCGAAAAGGGACAAAGAAAAGGUACAAGGGGUUUUCAAGAGCCCUUUGACACGCGAAUCCAAUCCGUCCGAAAGAGCGGAACUGGACAGACGGAAAAAGCGAGGCUCUACUCAGCUGACGACCGAAAGGGCUUUCCAGAGAAAGCUCAAAAGAGGUAGCGUUGAUGUGGGAUUUGUUGGCAUUGAUGGUGCCGCUCAUACGCCAGAUACUUCAAAAUCCUUAGAAAUUCCCAGCAUCAAGAUCGAGUCCACAAGUCGAUUCAUGUCCUUGGAGUGUGUUUCUGAAGAUUCGACCGACAGCAAUGUGUGCAGGUUUUCAGGUACUGUCCGCACAAAAUCAAUUUCCAUCAAAGAUACCAUAACUCGAAGCCAUCGGAAAGCCACUCGCUCGGAAUCCGAUCCCCGUAGCUCGUCAUCUCGGAAUUACCUCAAUCCGUUCUGUCCAGAGGCACGAAUGGAGUUUUACAGAACAUUUUCUUUGCUUAUCAAGCUCGGCUCACUUGCUCAUAAACAACAAGAGAAGCAGUACGGGGUUAGUAGUGUAGUGGAGAGUCAAAACUCAGAAGAGAGCAAAAAAUACCAGGUGGAGUUGUCAAAAGCACUGUGGUUAGAGUUGCAAGCAUGGCAUGCGAACAAAACCAUGGAAGAACAAGAUCUGCACUUAAUACAGGCACGUGCCAAUGUAGAGGAGGUGUUGGAUGAGGUUGUGAAUUUUAAAGUCAAGAAACAGGUUCAUGUGAAUGCUCAGAAAAAUGAUCCAAGUGGCCAUGAUGGAAAUGGUAAUCACAUCUUAAGAGAUUUGAAUUCCAGCAGUGAUGACAAGGAUGUGCAUUGCUCAGACGAUGAUGAUUCAGAGACAUCAGUAAAGCUGUCUUGUCGGAAUAAUUCAUCAAUGCACAACUCUUGUGAGAGUAAUCAAAUAGAACAUUCACUGCACUCCCAAGAGACAGAAGACUCCACAACUGAGGCAAAUGGACACUUUUCAUCUGAGACAGAUGACUUUGUCAAUGGUCCUUCUACAAAUAGAACAGAUUACACAUUAUUAAAAAGACGACUGUCUUUAGAUUUACGUCAUAGGAACCAGAAACUUCACCCUGAUGAAGCUGGCCUUAAACAGGGAAGGGAGACUUUGCCAGAAAAAGCAUGUUGCCAGCUAAAAGCUGCCAUUGAACAAGUAACUGAUCUCUUUGACAAGAUUGAAAUGGUGGAAAACCUUUACCCCACUCGUCACUCCUUAGGACAACAACACCCAAACUACACAAGCAAAGAAUUCACAAGAAACUUUGAGACAAUGUGCUUGUGGUUGAAUGUGACUAGAGAGUUAUACCACAAGCUACAUUUGAUAGCAAAGUUUGUUGGUGUGAAUGUUGCUGAGACAAGCAUCUGGCAAGACUGGCUGGAUGUUGGUCUUGGAAGACUAGAAAGUGUGUGUCCUGCAUCUGAUCUGAACCAUGAAGAUAUUGAUGAAACAUUCUUCUCAUCAUCUGACAAUGAUGAAGGUGAUGAUAGUGCUGAUGAUGAUGACAUUCAUACAGAGAGUCAAAACGAGAGAGGUGAAAAUGAGGGGCCAUCUAAUGGUGUACCCUCAUCCCCUGUAAGAACAGUCUCAUACGAGUCUCAAACCAGUACUCCUGCGAGACCCUCAAGGACAAGCAGCAACAUGUCAAACUUUGUGUGGAGCUCCACCUCAAGAUACAGACCAUUUGUCGACCACAGCAUAAAAAAGAUGGGGUUGAUUAAACUUGGAAAGAGACUAGAUAAUAUCUUGGACACUAGUAUGAUGAAAGCUAAACAAGCAUUAGCUCUUCCAGGCAAUAGCUGUGAGGAUGAUGAGUGCCAGUGUUGUGAACCUGGUGUGUUUCAGAAAAGACAGUGGUCUGUCAAUUAUUUGGAGGCACUUUUGAAUGGAGAAGGAGCUGAACAAGCAGCUUGCUGUAGCUGCCAUCCCCACAGCUUUAAAACAAUGUGUCAUGGAGGAGAGAAUUCAGAACAAAGGACGUGGAGUGAUGAGUUCAAGAAGGCUGGUCUACCUUCAUUCCGCUCACUGUAUCUGUUUUUGUCCCGUGUUCCACUGGACAUAGUGCAUGAAUGUCUGCGAUUGAGACUACAGCAUCGACCGAAAGGAGAGCCAUCAUCUUUGAGUGUGAGACAGCUGUUGCGAGAAUGCAAGGAUGUGUUGUUAGGUGGCGUUCUUGUCAAAGACUACUAUCUCGAUCUUGUGGAUGGAAUUGCAAACACAGAAGACUUGAGCAAGGAAAUCACAGAAAGUGAUAUUGAGGGGUUUGAACAGGAUCUCCAGAGUUUGCUUGAGGUUUAUUUUGAAUACUUGCACAAUGUGAUUCAUCUAGUUCAGAGACUUCCCCAGGCAUCUAAGGGAUUAAAGAACAUUCUUGAAGAAGAAUGGAACUUUGUGAAGAAACACUGUCGUCACAUCAGAGGUGGUGAGGUGGAAGGAGGAACAAGAUUUUGUGUCAUGGCUUCAGGCUUACUUGAAUCAACUGGUGAUUUUCUGGAGUCAGAGUUGGAUCAGAGUUGUUCUGACCUUCACAAUAACACUGAUCAAAGUGAUGAUCUCAGACGGAAGGUACUAGAAGCUUGCCGAGGUUUUAAACACCUGUUUAAUGAGGCGAGAGAAAGGGCUUCUAAAGCCCUUGGCUUCACCAAGAAACUUCGAAAUGACCUAGAAAAUGCUGCAAAGUUCAGCAUUGAUGUCCCCAUGUAUGAGUUGUUGAUGAGAUUGGAAGCCAGUGGACAUGUACAGGUUGUGGCAAGACACACUGCUGGUCUGUUUAUGUUUGUGCCAAGAGCCAUGGUUAAAAAGAAAUGCCAAAUCAUCCACCUCUUGAAUUCCUGCUGUGUUCAAGAAGAAUUUGGCGACCAAGUUGUUUCUGACUGUUCUGGAUACCUCCUGAUCAUGCCAUCGUGUGAUGCAGAUAGUGGGAACGAGACACCAGUGUCAUGGAACGGCAAGAAGGUGGUGGUCAAUCCGACGAUGGAUGCUGCCAUUGGUCUAGCAGAUAUACAGGUUGGGGGUAUGAUAUUGGUGGUACAUAACUCCAAGGAGUUGGAUGUUCAGCGUAAACUGUUUCUGGAGAGCAUGAGUUUAUCAGUCAGCAUUGUCAAGCCAAGAACAUCAAGCCAUCAGGCCAUUUCAGAAGCUCUUGAUGAACUGCAGGAUGCAUGUCUCACUCUCCGUGAAGGAAUUGUCAGUGCUGUGGAAAGAGUUGAUGAGAACUUGGAUCUUGAUAGCAUGUUUGAAAUGGAAGAGACAGAGAAGGCCAUGGUUUAUCAAACUUACACAGAAACCAUGCACCUGUGUUAUAACUUUGGUUUUGAGUGCGAGACAAACAGUGUCAUGGCUUCAGGCUUACUUGAAUCAACUGGUGAUUUUCUGGAGUCAGAGUUGGAUCAGAGUUGUUCUGACCUUCACAAUAACACUGAUCAAAGUGAUGAUCUCAGACGGAAGGUACUAGAAGCUUGCCGAGGUUUUAAACACCUGUUUAAUGAGGCGAGAGAAAGGGCUUCUAAAGCCCUUGGCUUCACCAAGAAACUUCGAAAUGACCUAGAAAAUGCUGCAAAGUUCAGCAUUGAUGUCCCCAUGUAUGAGUUGUUGAUGAGAUUGGAAGCCAGUGGACAUGUACAGGUUGUGGCAAGACACACUGCUGGUCUGUUUAUGUUUGUGCCAAGAGCCAUGGUUAAAAAGAAAUGCCAAAUCAUCCACCUCUUGAAUUCCUGCUGUGUUCAAGAAGAAUUUGGCGACCAAGUUGUUUCUGACUGUUCUGGAUACCUCCUGAUCAUGCCAUCGUGUGAUGCAGAUAGUGGGAACGAGACACCAGUGUCAUGGAACGGCAAGAAGGUGGUGGUCAAUCCGACGAUGGAUGCUGCCAUUGGUCUAGCAGAUAUACAGGUUGGGGGCAUGAUAUUGGUGGUACAUAACUCCAAGGAGUUGGAUGUUCAGCGUAAACUGUUUCUGGAGAGCAUGAGUUUAUCAGUCAGCAUUGUCAAGCCAAGAACAUCAAGCCAUCAGGCCAUUUCAGAAGCUCUUGAUGAACUGCAGGAUGCAUGUCUCACUCUCCGUGAAGGAAUUGUCAGUGCUGUGGAAAGAGUUGAUGAGAACUUGGAUCUUGAUAGCAUGUUUGAAAUGGAAGAGACAGAGAAGGCCAUGGUUUAUCAAACUUACACAGAAACCAUGCACCUGUGUUAUAACUUUGGUUUUGAGUACCAGAAAGAGGUAGCACGCUUAGUGUUCGGGAAGAGAAAGGACACUCUUGGACACAAGAUGCUGGCAUUUGCCAAGAAAUGGAUGAAGUUUGUGAUGUCAAAGUGUGAGAGGGGAAGAGGCACAAGACCAAGAUGGGCCAACCAAGGACUUGAUUUCCUUACUGUGGCUUGUGACCCUAAGACGUUGACAACUUUGGCAGAGUCUGCUUUUCAGGAGUUAAAGAAAGAGAUCAACACGUGUAUUUGUCACGUUAUUGGCAGUGCAGAGAGCUGUAGUGGAACAGCCAGUCCAGCAUACAGAUCUCAGAGCCCAGCUUGUCCGUCUCCAGUUUUUGGCAGGAAUACUGCGUCAGGAUCCGCGCUGUUAAGGCCACUCUCAUGGCCUGCGGGAAAACCGCCCAAAUCCCCAGGGGACCAGGCUGACACUGAUGAAAGUCAAGCCACUCGACGGCAGCUGUCAGACCCUGUUGCUAAGCAACAAUUUCAAAGUCUAGCAACAGAUGUCAAGAACAGUGUGAGCAAUGUUGAGGAUGAAAGCGGAGACGAAGGAGAAAAGGAAACUGCCAAACAGAGAGACAGCUUUGUAGCAUCACCAGAUGCUCCAAGGUUAGAGAAAGUGCGACACUCCUUGAAAAAAUUAGAGGUGAAGAGAAAUGAGUACUUGUAUGAAAAGCAUGUGAUUGGUCGUGUUAGUAACAGACGCCGUGACAUUGUCAAGGAGCUUGCAAGCAUUUCCAGCAGAAAGGUGCCGUUCAAGUGGCAACGAGGAAACAAGAUUGGGGAAGGUCAGUUUGGAAAAGUAUAUGCUUGUGUUAAUUUGGACACAGGGGAACUAAUGGCUGUAAAACAGAUCAAGUUUCAGCCAAAUGAUCACGGUGAAAUAAGGGAUCUUGCUGAUGAAAUCAAGAACUUUGAAGGCAUUAGACAUGAGAGCUUGGUCAAGUACUAUGGUGUGGAACUGCACAGGGAUGAAAUGUUCAUCUUCAUGGAAUACUGUGCUGAUGGUACCAUAUCAGAUGUAGCUAAGCUUGGUCUUCCAGAAUCCAUGAUCAGAGUUUAUACAUACCAGAUUCUUGUUGCUGUGAACGUACUUCACGAAAAGGGCAUUGUUCAUAGGGAUGUCAAAGGUGCCAACAUAUUCGUGUCAUCUGAUGGUCUGCUCAAGUUAGGUGAUUUUGGAUCAUCCAUCAAACUAAAGAAUCCUCUUCAGACGGUUUAUGGAGAAAUAAGCAACAUACGAGGAACAGUAGGUAAGCAAGAGAGGAUCAAGAAAUGCCAAACCGACAUGAGGUUGUAUUGAAUCGUCCCUUGCGUUCGACAUUGUGUAAGGCACGGGUGGCUCUAAGUUUUGAAGAAAAUUAAAAAUUAGGCACGA